UUCUGUAAUUUGAACUAAAAUCUUGCAUUCCCAUCCCCCACAACACCAAUCAACGAUGUUUCAGAUGGUGCAGCGCAGCGGCAAGGCGCCGGUUUUGAUCAUGCGUUUUCCUGGUUGCACGGACACAGCCGUUCUGCUGCCUGUACAGAGGAACUAUGGCCAGAAGCGGCUGGACACGGGCCUUUCGUUUACUACCAAGAAGAAGACCUUCAAGAAGGAGAGGAACGAGGACGAGAAGGACAAGGAUGAAACGCGUCGAAAGAAGCCCAAGAAGGUCAUCUCCACUCGGAUCAAAUCGCGCCAAGCCCCCAAGCUCUGCCCCAUGGACGUGUACAUGGUGAUCGCAGGCAUCGCCAAGCACCGCGAGAGGUCCAACAAAAUAGUCUAUCGUAGCUAAAUGAAUGGAAAUUAUGCCUACAAAUUGCUGCAACUAAAUGC